CACUGAUACUCUCCCAGCCGUCACCUGACCGCACUGACCUCCCCCACCAUCCCAUCGUCACCAUGGAGACCGCCAACAGCUACGUGCUGAUCCACGGGAAGAACAUAUCCCACAGCACCCUGGCGGGCUCGUCCGCCGGGCCUCACAUGUCCAUCGACAAGCUUUUCCCGGCGCUCCUCGAGUGCUUUGGCAUCAUAUUGUGUGGCUACAUAGCUGGCAGGGCGGAUAUCAUCACAGAGAGCCAGGCCAAGGGUUUGGGGAACUUUGUGUCCAAGUUUGCUCUUCCAGCUCUGCUCUUUAAAAACAUGGUGCUGCUGGACUUUGGAGACGUCAUCUGGGCGUUUCUCUGGAGCGUCCUGGUGGCUAAGGUGACGGUGUUCGUGUUGGUGUGCGUGCUGACCCUGAUGGUGGCCGGUCCGGACAGCAGAUACAGCAAAGCCGGCCUGUACGCCAUCUUCGCUACGCAGAGCAACGACUUCGCCUUAGGAUACCCCAUAG